AUGACGACCCUCCCACCCUCAGCAAGCGACCAAGUCUUCGUCGAGGUAUCAGCCCUCAAUGGCGGCUUCGUCACACUUCCAGAGAAGCUGUUCGUUACGGACGCAGACCCUAAUCUCAAGAAGACUGUCCCAUCAAUGUGCUUCCUCAUACGACACCGCUCGAAAUCUGGCAAGACCGACCGUAUCGUCUUCGACCUUGGCAUCAAGCGUGAGUUGACACAGUAUGCCCAAGGCAUGCGAGACCAUCUCUCCAAACGACAACCCAUCACCACCUCGCCCGACACAGCGGAGAGCCUUCGCAAGGGCAACCUCGAUCCGGCGACCGAUAUCACCCACGUGAUCCUAAGCCACACUCAUUGGGAUCACAUUGGCAUGCCGAGCGACUACCCCAACGCUCAAUUCAUCGUCGGCUCUGGCACGCUGCACACCAUCGUGCAUGGCGCAAAUCACUAUCCAGCAUCGAUGUUCGAGAAAGACCCCUUACCUUUCGACCGCACGAAAGAACUUCCGCCAACAGCAAACUCCCCGUGCGCAGACAUCGCCGCGCCCACAACACACCAGACAACCCACACCUGGCGACCCAUCAGCACCCUCCCCAACGCAACCGACCUCUUCGGCGACGGCAGCAUCUAUCUCAUCGACGCCCCCGGCCACCUCCAAGGCCACCUUAACUCCUCGCGCGCCUAG